CAUACCAUGGCGUACCUGAGUAACUUCAUGCUUCAACAUCUUUGGGAAAUAUAUAUCUGUCUGGUUCUUUUAUACAAAGGACAUGCAUCAAGAUCACAAGAUGCCUCCCCGAUUCUACAAACUCUGGUACACCCUGGUUACAUACAUCUAGAUUGGUCAUCAAUGGAAGAUGUGGACGGCAAUUCAAGUGUUCCCGAGUAUCUCGUGUAUUACCAAAUCAUGGGUAUUACGUCACAUUCUGUCAUCCAAUUGGAAAGUGGAAAAACUGAUACAAAUAUUUCUACGUCAUCGUAUCCCGGCAUGCUCUUCCUCGUUAGGCUUUAUAAGGACGAUCAUAACCUGGUUACCAGAUUUGUUCGCUCAGCAUGUGGACGUAGUGAGUUUAUAAAAGACGGCAAAGUGUCCUAUCUGACGUCUCCACAUUACCCAGAAAAUUAUCAGUCAAUGACGAUAUGCAAAUGGACGUAUACGUGCUCUGCCGGCACGUGGUUCAAAGUUACACAAAAUAAACUUAUACUACCAAGUGAUUCGUGUCAAACAUAUAUAAACAUAACGGGUCAGCCAAUAUUGUGUACAACGUCAUCAACCGCACGAAAUGUGUUCUACGUCACAGCAAAUGUCACCUCUGUGAAGUUCGUCGGUAGAUCUACAGGUGCAAUUUUCAACUUCACUUUUGAAGCUAUACCAUCACUUACGCCCCCUGCUAACUUCUCAACACAGAAUAUUGAUGACGUCAUCCGCGUUUCGUGGACGAAUGAAAAUCCAAGCGCGCCAAAUCUGUUAUACAUAGUGACGUAUAAUAUAAUACCGUCUCUAGUUGAAACAGAAAGUCACGUGACUUCAAACAAGUCCAAGUAUGACAUUGAUGUGAAAGGUCACAGAGGUCAACUCUUCAACAUCUCGCUGUGUCUAGGCAUGCCUCAUUGGAAAAGUAACAGAACAAUAGCCGUGAUCAUCCGAUCAGAAUGUAAUGAGUCAUUUCUCAUAAAUGAUGGACAAUCAAUAACACUGAGAUCGCCCAAUUUCCCUCGGGACAUCGAAAGAUACUCGCUCUGUACCUGGAGUAUCUCUACAUCACCACAGUCCUAUCUGAGGAUAUCAUAUUUGGAUCCUGUUGGAUCAUAUGACAUGCACUUGUCCUGGAAAAUUAUUUCCGUGAUCAAUCGCAAUGAGAGCAUCACACAUGUACUCGGCGAUAGGAGGCCACUUGUGAUGAAAAGCAAUUCUAUAAAGUUGCAAUUACGUACGGACAGUCAGCGAUACUCUGGAUUAAGGAUGAUGGUGAAAUCUGUCGCUCCUCCAACCUCAUCACCGACGAAUGUACACGUCCAUUUGACGGGAAGCGACAUAUUUAUUACUUGGGAGGCACCUCCACGUGAAGAUGACAUCAUCGAGUACGUAAUACUGUAUGACGUCAUACCUGAUGUUGAAGGUCAGGAGGUCAGAGUGAACGCUUCAUCCACUCAGCAUUUAUUAAGUAUUCGAGGCUACGAAGGAAGAUUGAUCACAAUCAGUAUCAUGGCUGUUACGGAAGACGGUCGGAGUAAUACUUCUAAACCAGUGUACGUCCGAACAUAUUGCGGUGGGAAUAGAACACUACAUCAUCGGGACACAAUGCUAGUUAUCUCCCCUAGAAAUGGUCAGAAUAUUUAUCCGCCAGAUGUCGUAUGCAAAUGGAUAAUAUCAACUAUGGAACUGUAUUGGCUCAAAAUGAGCAUUGAAAGUUUUAAAUUGGAAAACUCAACCGGUUGUGAGUCGGACUUUUUGGAGAUCGAUGGAUUUCGUCAUUGCGGAUCAAAUAUACAAAAUACAUUAUUAUACAAGAAAAAAUAUAUUGUGAUUGUGUUCGCUUCUAACGGGCACAUACAGGACAACGGGUUCAUAUUUUCUGUCAAAGCUGUUGCACCUGCUCCAGAAAUCCCAGAACGUCUUCGGGUUACAUCUUCAACAUAUGGCAUCAUUGUUAGAUGGACUGCGCCAAACCGGAACCCUGCUUACGUCACCGGAUACAGAAUUAGCUAUCGGCAUCAGAACUCCAGUAGGAUUCAAGGCAUCAUAACAUCGAAUUCAAGUGAUAGCGUAGUGACAAAUGACAAAGACUGGGAUAACGUUAUUUUGAAUAGUGAUGAUUUUGUCUACGUCAUCAAUACACGUCAUCGCCCUGGAGUGACGUUCGAGGUUUGGAUGGAAAGUCUGGGUGAAGCUGUCGAUAGCAAUUCCACAAAGGUUGUCACGACACGUGCAUAUUGUGGUGGAACCAUUGAAUUUGACAAUAGAACACAAUAUAUAUCGUCUAUAAAUUACCCUAGUAUGGACAACGACGACAUCUAUUGUUUUUACCACGUGAUAAGUAACAAUAACAUAAGACUCGCCUUCAUUGACCUGAGCUUUCAAAAUAAUGGCAUUACCACAUCAUGUUUCCAUGGUUACCUUUUGGUUGAUGGAGUUGAUAGAAGUUGUCAAUCAAACACGAGCUCCGCCCACACGUCUUUUCUACGGACACGACUUUGACAUUAGAGUAUCAGAGCAGUUCCUGGAGGAUCAAGGUUCCUAAUGGAGUUAACGCUAUCCGGAAGAGAGGAGAAAGGUUUUGGUUAUUCUUUUACUGCCAACUGCAGUCGUAAUACUGUACCUCACGCGAUCAUAUUAAUAGUCUGUGUAUACUUUAUACGUUUGAACAUCCAAGGGCUCUGAAGUUUUAGGGGCCGCGGUGGCCGAGUGGUUAAAGUGUCCCGACACUUUAACACUAGCCCUCCACCUCUGUGUUGCGAGUUCGAAACCUACG